AAGCAAGUAUUCUAAAAAAUAUCAGAAAAUUACAAAAAAAAAUGUAUCGUUUGAGACCUUUUUUUAACUUUUUACAAAUUGAUGUCAGACGAAAGACUAAAAUUGCAAAUUUACCGAAAAAAAUCGAUAGCAAUGAUGUGUUUCGAAAGUACAGUACAUGUCCGGCCGGCAUGAAGGUCACUAUUUGUGGAGCAGCUGGGAACACGGGUCAACCUUUAGCUUUGUUAUUAAAACAAAGUCCGCUACUUGAUGAAAUAGCUCUAUACGACAUCUGCCCCACUUGCGGGUAUGGCAUGGAGCUAAGUCAUGUUGACACCAAAUGCAAGAUCUCAUCGUUUUCCGGACGCCAUAUGCUUUGCGACGCAUUAAAGGACGCCAAAGUAGUUGUUAUUGUGGCUCGUGAUGAAGAAGACAGCUUUGAAAAAAGCGCGCCAAUCAUCACUGAAAUCGCUCUGCAGAUUUGCAACACAUGUCCUGAGACCUUUACCAUAGUUGGUACGGAGCCUGUGGAAAGUAUGGUGCCUUUAAUCAGCGAAAUACAAAGACUUCGAAACGUGUACAAUCCUCGCAAACUGCUCGGUUGUGUCGAGCUCCACUGCGUGCGUGCCAACACGGUGCUGGCAGACUUCCUGCGUGUGCCGCCAGAGAGCGUACGCGUGCCUGUCAUCGGCGGCGCCACACCCAACACCAUGGUGCCGGUGCUCUCCAGCGCAGUACAUCCCGGCACAUUGACGCAGGAACAUGUGGAGUGCGUGACAUCUUGUAUAAUGGGUGGCACGGAGGCGGUAUGCGCGGCUAAGGGCUGUAAGCAUGCAACGGCGAGCCUAGCGGGCGCGUACGCCCUGGCUCGCAACACGCUCAACGUGGUGAAAGGCCUGCAGGGCGGCAAAGUAGAGCAGUGUGCGUACGUCGACUGCCUCGGCACUUGCGCACCUAAUUGUCAAUUCUUCGCCAGUGAAGUUAUUCUUGGUUCGACGGGAAUAGAAAAAAACUUGGGAAUUCCUGAGUUAACUAAAUUUGAAAACUGUCUUCUUUGCAAGUGUCUUCCUUAUGUGCAAAAUGAAAUCGCCCGAGCUAUUUGGCUGGUAUACACGAUGUGCCAGCAAUGCACGUGCUACUGUUCGCCGUCGCCCAGUGAGUGCUAUGCACCGCCGUGCAUGCCCUGCGCCCCGCCCACUAACUGGACUUGCGAGUGCCCCGACUCCUGCCGCGACGAAUAUCUCGCCUCGAUAUGUCGCGAGAUGACGUGUCGUUGCGGCAACACGGAGCUAUGUUGGAAGCCGCGUGAGUUCGACUUCUACACGGACCGCGCGACGAAGGGCCGGCAGCGGAUGAUGGAACACAGUGCUGCUUGCAACGAUUGCCGAAUGCCGAAGAGCGUCCGCAUUGAACAGGAGAUACGGAACCGAGCCAAGACACCAAGAUGCAACUAAACUAAAAUCAAUGGCUAAAACAGGGCUGUUUUAAACCGUGGAUUCUAGGGAUGCAGAGGCAGGGACUGUCUUCUAAGGUUCGGCCCUGGGCAGCAUCAGCCAAUAGUUAGGGAUCCUGGCUAAAGCCUCGGACGUAUUUUAUUUAACCAAGAAGAGCGUAGUGUAACAAAAGAUAUUUUUGAGCCAUAGACAGAUAUUAUGAACACGGUUUAGCAUAAAUAAGAUGCAUAUCACACUAAAAUAUGA